AUGUCGGAAGCGAAUGAUGAAAUGAUCACUACGGAAGUAGAGUUGCUUGAAAAGAAGAUUUUCGAUGACAUCAAGGCCAAGAAAACGGACAUAUGCGAUCUUAGUACGCUUCGAAAGAAGGUUUCCAUCCGCCAUCGUAACAACACUCAGUGGACUCAAGCUGAAUCGGAGAACAACUCUCUCUCACAAAUUUGGAAGAAUCAAAGAGACUCCGUUUCUUGUGUCAUUAACGCUGCAUGGGAUGCGAUGAUACUGCUAGAGAAAGUUGCUGAUCCGCUCGUUCCUUCGAGAGUGAAGAUUUUCACAGAAAUUCUGGAUAAGAUGCCGCGACUGGCGACGAUUGAGGUAGAUGGCGUCGAUUCGUCGAGAAAGAUGCUGUUUUAUGCUCAUCUUUUCCCCGCUCUGAGAUUCUACAUGUCCACCGAAGUCGUUGAUGAUUAUGAAAGCUACCUGAUUGUUGAGAACUUGCCGCUGCAGGUUUCAAAGAGAGAAGAACUCCUGCAAAUUCUCAAAUCAAAGAGCUUCGAAAAGAAACUCGAAAACGAACAAGAUUCACUAGAACUAGAAGAAGCGCUGGCCGAUCCACAAUUCAGCCCUUUCGUGCCAUCUGACAUCGCUUCCGACCCGAUUGAGCUCAUCAAAAAGGUCUGUCACAUGGACGGACAUUCUCGACGAAUGAAAAAGCUUCUCCGAUCAAUCGCUCUUGGAAUUCCAGGCGACGGCUUCCCACAUACGAAUUUCACUCCGCCUCGCGUUUUCAUCUGCAGCAGAGAAGACAGAUCUAUCGCUCCGAAAAACAUCGUCGCAGAUUUGAUCGCAAGCGGAACCAGAAACUUUUCGAGAAAAAAUGAUUCUGAAGACUUUUGCAGAUUGGCGCUAGAAGAUACCCUCGAAUUCAAAAAUUCAAAGGGGAUGAUUAUUGCGCUUCGAGAAGAAAACGUCAAUCACCCUGAGCUCAAUCGCUGGCUUACCAGCGAAACAACUUUGCUCAAAGAUUAUCCUCUUCGGAAAGCAAAGCAAAAGCGGUUAUUUUCGCUGAGUAGCCAUCAGAAAUGGACGCUGAACGAAAUCUUGUCAAACCUUCCAAGAUCGAUUGACUCUAAAGUCGCCAUUUUUAUGUUGGAAGCAGCGAGAAGUGCGACCGAUGGAAGAUUAUUUGAAAAAAUUGUUGAUGUUUUGAAAGAACAAGCAUCAAAGAUCAAUUUGAAUUCAGAGGAUGAAGAAGAAAAGUCGAUUUUAGAAGCGUUUUUGCAAUUCGCUGAGCAAAAACUAAAGAAAACCUGCUGUUAUGUGACCUCCAUAUCUCCGAAUAGAACAGACGGUUUCCCCCUGGUCGCGAUUUCAAAGUCUGGGACUCGACAAGAAGAAUAUUUAAACAUUGUGCCCAUAAGCGACUCGCUCGACGAGUCUUCAGUUGCGAAAAAGUUCAAAAUGUAA